AUGUUGUCCAAAGCGUUGGCGAAAGCAAAUGCCGCAGUGCAGUUAGAUAAUGCUCAGAACUAUGCUGCCGCCCGGGAUUCUUAUCUAGAAGCUUGUGAUCUCUUACAGCAAGUGCUUGCUAGGACAAAUGGCGCAGAGGAUAGAAGGAAGCUGGAGGCCAUUCGACUUACGUAUACAAGCCGAAUAGACGAACUAGACGAUUUACUACCCGCCUACACGCAGAAUGACAAAGCUUUACCCGCAAGGCCAGAGAGCGUCGAUGAUUAUCACGGUGUCCAGAUGGAAUUGGCUGGUUCUGAAAGCUCCGCAGAGGCUCUGGCGGGGGCGAGGGUAGAUACCGGCGAGUCCUCCUCUCCGAGUUUGAACCAAAGCCAACCGCUUCUCCAAUCCUCUUUCUCGGGGUCCCGGAUGCGCCGAAACUUCGAGGGAGCCUCGCUUACUUUACCCCACCAAGAUGAAGGCUUUGUGCCUGCUCCGCUGUCGCCGCGAAGACCGCUUUCACCCUCUAAACCCCCAACGCCGGAGCCCAUCGUACGGCAGGAUUUCUCCUGGCCGUCUGAUCACCUAGCACCGGAUAGCGCGAGGAGUCAUAAGCGCAAUCUCAGUCACGAAUCAGGGUCAUGGCUAGACCCAAUCGAUGAAUCGGGUGGCUCGACUUCGUCCUCGAUUCACUCCAGGACCUCGUCGCUGGGAGUUAGGAGGAAACACCUCCGCCAGACUAGUGGCAAUACGGAAGCGGAAUUUGACGCUGCCCUAGACGCCGCAGUAGAGGCUGCUUACGACGAAGGAUUUGAACCUAUGGAUUCAUACGACCCCGUUUAUGAUGACAAUGAUUCCGAUUCGGUCGAUGUGUUAACCAACGCGAGACGUAAGGUAGAACUUGCUAAAGAAAGAGUCCGGCAAACUGAACGGGAGGCCGCGAUCGAGCUAGCUCGGGAGCGAGAGCGCCAGAGGCAGAUGUCAAUAGAUCAAAAGCCUCAGGUCUUCAGCGGAGAUUUCUUCGAUGCUAACGAUUCGGAUGAAGAGGAACGUGUACUGGAGGAGAUGGCGAGGAGGUCCGUUAUGGAAGAAUUUACCCCUAAACAUCGGUCUCAGCAGUCACAGUCAAGGAUACCUAGGGAAUCUGAUUCCAGUGGAAUGACUUCUCGGACGUGGCAUAGUUCGGUCGGCUCGAACCCUCCCACCUCUACGACUGUACUGUCAACCGUAACGGAGAUGCCACCGGGCGGAGCUUCUCUCAAAGGCACGGCCCCGGCAUUGCCAUCUCCACCGCAAUCCCUUACUCAGGGUUCCCCAUCGCAGACCUCUCCGACGUCUGGAGUGCGCAACCGUCGCCUCUCUGGGCAGAACCCUAAGCAGCUCAAAAUCGAAACUUCAAAGCUCGGCCAGCCGCCGUCCAUCUCCACGUCUACGCUACAAACAAAGACGGCCGGUGGUUUCAUUGCCCAACAAAGGCAAGCAUUGUCAGCGACAUCAACGCGACCCGGGCCUUUUUCUACGCGUGUGCCCUCGUCACCUACUAGAGGUACCAGUCCAGCGGAUGUUACAGCACCUCCAAGCCCACCGGUAAAUUUAACAGGGUCGCAAGAUGUCGAGGAGCAUCGAAACGACUCGCCGUCCUCUGCGCGGCCUCCCAUGCGGAAGAACUUUUCAUCUUCUAGCCUAAAGUCCUUAAGAACGCGUCAAUUUUCCGUGUCGCAUAUCGACGACUCCGAUCUCUCGCCCAACACUCCUCUAAGUCACCAAAUAUCGAAUACGUCGAUCUCUCGCCAGGCCAUGAUUCCUGCACUGCCUACGCCAUUAGCCGCUGCCUUCCACGAACGGAUGGCGGGUGGUGUUGGCGGUCUACACCUCUUUGAUUCCGAUUUCCAUUCUCCGACUUCACAUUCUCCUAGCCAGGUUCACCACAACCAUCAUCUCUCCCAAAAUCCCGAUGUACCAAUACCCCUAGAACCAUGCCCAUCUGAUACUAUGCUUCGGCCUUUCUGGCUCAUGAGGGCGCUUUAUCAGACCCUCGCUCACCCUCGGGGCGGAUAUAUCAGCACUCGUCUAUUCAUUCCUAGGGAUGCGUGGAAAGUCAAAGGAGUUAAGCUGCGUGCUCUUGAAGAUAAAAUCGCCCAGUGUGAUUUUCUAACUGCGGCGCUUCUCAAACUUGCAAGGGUGGAUAGUAACGACGCAGAUGCAGUGCUUGAGGAGAUGCAGAGCUUUGAAAAUAUUCUGGAAACCGUUCAGGCCAUACUCACGCGGAAGCUUGGUAACGAGGUUGGCACACAGGGAAUGACGCCCUUCCGAGAAGACAAGGAAACCGAGGUUGCGCCGUCGGUACCACGUAGUGCCAGCGUUAGUGGGAAGGGAGGCGCAUUUAGCUGGAGAAGGCUGAGGAACAAGGGCUCGGCUGCUAAUAUGACUAACGCAUAUGGAGGGAAGAGCAACAGUGGAGGGAGCGGCGGGCCCGGCUUGAAUGAGAGAGACAUCCCUAGCUCGAUAGGAUCGGGAUCUAUUCCUAGCCUACCUUUAACUGCCCACCCGAGUAGCAGACCGGCGAAGAGGGACCCCGCGUCGGUCAAUUUUGAUGGGCCAUACGGGAACUAUAUGGCGAGCUUGGCACGACUGUUUGAUGCUGCGCAGACGGUUGAUCAAAUUGCGCGCCAAGUCGAAGACCCUGGAUUGCGGCAUGCGGAUAAAACUCAAGUUGGGCUUGAAUUAUGUACUAGGCACGCGGCUGAGUUUUUUGGCUUCUAUAUCUGCCGCUUCGUACUGGCCGACCUGGCGAUGUUGCUCGAUAAGUUCGUCAAGAGGGGCAGCGAAUGGGUGCUUAACUAA